AGGAACUGUGCCGAAUCUAAUGUUGCUAAUGCCGAACUGAGCGAGCCGCAAACUUCGCCGGAAAGCUCGCUAUGGCGGCCGUCAAAGAGCAGAAAUAUGACAGGCAACUGAGGCUGUGGGGCGAUCACGGCCAGGAGACGCUUGAGAACGCGCAUGUUUGUCUUAUCAAUGCCACAGCAUCCGGAACAGAGAUCUUGAAAAACCUCGUCCUCCCAGGUAUCGGAGCAUUCACCAUUGUGGACGGACACACGGUCUCUGGGGAAGAUGUUGGGAACAACUUUUUUCUCAGCAACAACAGUAUUGGAAAGAACAGAGCACAGGCUGCCACUGAGCUGCUACAGGAACUGAACAGUGAUGUGUCUGGGAACUUUGUGGAGGAGAUGCCAGACAGACUCCUGGACAGCAACCCAGAGUUUUUCCACAGGUUCACUCUGGUUAUUGGUGUCCAGUUGCCAGAGAACACGUGUUUGAGGCUUGGCUCAGUUCUGUGGAGUGCAUGUGUUCCUUUUCUAGUAUGUAGAACAUACGGCCUCGUUGGCCACAUGAGACUGGUGGUAAAAGAGCACACAGUAAUUGAAUCUCACCCAGACAAUGCCUUGGAGGACCUGAGGUUAGAUCGACCCUUUGCCGAACUGAAGAACCACAUUCGGUCCUAUGACCUGGACAGCAUGACUAAAAAGGAUCAUAGUCACACACCAUGGCUAAUCGUCGUCGCCAAAUACUUGGAGAAGUGGCUUAGUGGGCACAACUGUCAACCACCAAAAAACUACCGAGAGAAGGAGGCCUUCAGACAACUUAUUCGGCAAGGGAUCUUGAAGAACGAAAACAAUGUCCCCGAAGAUGAGGAGAAUUUUGAGGAGGCUAUUAAGAACGUCAAUACUGCUUUAAAUCCUACAAAGGUCCCUAGUGCUGUGGAAAACUUUUUCAAUAGCCAACAGUGCAACGAUCUCACAUCACAGAGCUCAUCCUUCUGGGUGAUGAUGCGUGCCGUCAAGGAGUUUGUUCAGAAUGAAGGAAAUGGUAACCUGCCAGUGAGAGGAACCAUCCCAGACAUGAUCGCAGAUUCUCAGAAGUUCAUCAAUCUUCAGAACGUUUACAGGGAAAAGGCCCUGCAGGAUGCUUCAGCGGUGACCAAGCAUGUGGAGUGUCUCUUGCAGUCUGUGGGAAAGCCACCUGAGAACAUACCUGAAAAAGAUAUCAAACUGUUCUGUAAGAAUGCCGCCUUCCUCAGAGUGGUGCGCUGCAGAUCUCUGGCUGAUGAAUACGGCGUGGAUUCUGUAAAUAAAGAUGAAAUCACCUCCUGUAUGGACAGUCCAGAUAGUGAGAUGGUCCUCUACCUCAUGCUGCGCGCUGUUGAUCGCUUCUACCUGCAGCACUCCCGUUACCCAGGAGUUUACAAUUACCAGGUGGAGGAGGACAUCAGCAAGCUGAAGCUGUGUGUCAACAGCCUGCUACAGGAGUACAGCCUCAAUGUCAACAUCAAGGACGAUUACAUUCACGAGUUCUGUCGCUAUGGUGCUGCAGAGCCACACACAGUCGCUGCGUUUUUGGGAGGAUCCGCUGCUCAGGAGGCCAUCAAGAUCAUCAGCCAUCAGUUUGUCCCGUUCAAUAACACGUUCAUAUACAGUGCAAUGUCACAGACCUCUGCUACGUUCCAGCUGUGAACACAACCUGCAAGAAGAAUCCCUGGAAUCCGAGCACGUUUGGUGUAAGAGGAGCAAUUUACCAACUUACUCUGAUCAGUCCAUCAAAUCAAUUUUAUUUGUGUAGCCCAAUAUUACAAAUUUGCCUCAGUGGGCUUAACAGCAACACAACAUCCUGUCCAUCACCAUAUUCACAUCCGUCUUUGGAAUGAAUACAUCAUGGCCAUAUUUGAAUGUGGUUACCAUUUCCUUCUAAACACGUGCAGUUGUUCCCCCUCACUGAAUGAAGUCAAGUCAAGUCAAUUUUAUUUGUGUAGCCCAGUAUCACAAAUUACAAAUUUGCCUCAAGGGGCUUUACAGCAACACGUCAUCCUGCCCUUAGACCCUCGCAGCAGAUAAGGAACAGCUCCCCAAAAGAACCCUUUAAUAAACAUCUCCUAUGUGUAUCUUCUUCCUGGUUUGUGUGUUAAUGUGUGUAUUUAGUGGCGUAAGUGCACUCCUUAGAUUUAAGGCAUUUUAAGUAUUCCUGAUUAUUCCAAAUUAAACCUGGUCUCCGUUUUAAAGGGUGCCGAUGGAGGAGAAAAUAAACAAGAGUUUACUCCGAAUUUCUGGGCCGAA